CAUCGUGCUAAGCGGCGGGCGCUACUCGAACAUGGCGCCUCGGAUAUAGUUGUAGCUUCAUGUAGCAGGCGACAUCCAUGUGCCUCAUGCCUUGGAAAUCUAAGGCUCUCAUCGUUGGCCGCAUAGACAAUGACAGAAGAUUCCGACUCGAUAUCUGAGGAAGAACGCAGUUUGUUCCGUCCCUUUACCCGCGAAUCAUUGGUGCAAAUUGAACAACGCAUUGCCGCUGAACAUGAAAAGCAAAAGGAGCUGGAAAGAAAGAGAGCCGAGGGAGAGGUGCCGCAAUAUGGUCGCAAGAAAAAACAAAAAGAAAUCCGAUAUGAUGACGAGGACGAGGAUGAAGGUCCACAACCGGAUCCUACACUUGAACAGGGUGUGCCAAUACCUGUUCGAUUGCAGGGCAGCUUCCCGCCGGAAUUGGCCUCCACUCCUCUCGAGGAUAUCGAUCCAUACUACAGCAAUGUACUGACAUUCGUAGUUGUAAGCAAGGGAAAAGAUAUUUUUCGCUUUUCUGCAUCAAAAGCAAUGUGGCUGCUCGAUCCAUUCAAUCCGAUACGUCGUGUGGCCAUUUACAUUUUAGUGCAUCCAUUAUUUUCGUUAUUUAUCAUUACCACCAUUCUCGUGAACUGCAUUUUGAUGAUAAUGCCGACAACGCCCACGGUCGAGUCCACUGAGGUGAUAUUCACCGGAAUCUACACAUUUGAAUCAGCUGUUAAAGUGAUGGCACGAGGUUUCAUUUUAUGCCCGUUUACGUAUCUUAGAGAUGCAUGGAAUUGGCUGGACUUCGUAGUAAUAGCUUUAGCUUAUGUGACCAUGGGUAUAGAUUUAGGUAAUCUUGCAGCCUUGCGAACGUUUAGGGUGCUGCGUGCGCUUAAGACCGUAGCCAUUGUUCCAGGCCUGAAAACCAUUGUCGGCGCCGUCAUUGAGUCUGUGAAAAAUCUGCGCGAUGUGAUAAUUUUGACAAUGUUCUCCCUCUCGGUGUUCGCACUGAUGGGUCUGCAAAUCUAUAUGGGCGUGCUGACACAGAAAUGCAUCAAGAAGUUCCCCCUCGAUGGCUCCUGGGGCAAUCUGACCGAUGAGAAUUGGGACUAUCACAAUCGCAAUAGCACCAAUUGGUAUUCCGAAGACGAGGGCAUAUCGUUUCCACUGUGCGGCAACAUUUCUGGCGCCGGACAAUGCGAUGACGACUAUGUGUGUCUGCAGGGGUUUGGACCGAAUCCAAACUAUGGCUAUACCAGUUUCGAUUCCUUUGGCUGGGCUUUUCUGUCUGCUUUCCGCUUGAUGACGCAGGACUUUUGGGAGGAUCUGUAUCAGCUGGUGUUGCGCGCCGCUGGACCAUGGCACAUGCUGUUCUUUAUAGUCAUCAUCUUCCUAGGUUCAUUCUAUCUUGUGAAUUUGAUUUUGGCCAUUGUUGCCAUGUCAUAUGACGAAUUGCAAAAGAAGGCCGAAGAAGAAGAGGCUGCCGAAGAGGAGGCGAUACGUGAGGCAGAAGAGGCGGCCGCUGCGAAAGCGGCCAAGCUGGAGGAGAGGGCCAAUGCCCAGGCGCAGGCGGCAGCCGAUGCAGCUGCCGCCGAGGAGGCGGCAUUGCAUCCCGAAAUGGCAAAGAGUCCAACGUACUCGUGCAUCAGCUACGAGCUGUUCGUGGGCGGUGAGAAGGGCAACGAUGACAACAACAAGGAGAAGAUGUCCAUACGUAGCGUCGAAGUGGAGUCGGAGUCGGUGAGCGUUAUACAAAGACAACCAGCACCUACCACAGCACACCAAGCUACCAAAGUUCGUAAAGUGAGCACGACAUCCUUAUCCUUACCUGGUUCACCGUUUAACAUACGCAGGGGAUCACGUAGUUCUCACAAGUACACGAUACGCAAUGGACGUGGCCGUUUCGGAAUACCCGGCAGCGAUCGCAAACCGCUCGUAUUGUCAACAUAUCAGGAUGCACAGCAGCACUUGCCCUAUGCUGAUGACUCGAACGCCGUGACGCCCAUGUCUGAGGAGAAUGGGGCCAUCAUAGUGCCAGUUUAUUAUGGCAAUCUAGGCUCUAGACACUCAUCAUAUACCUCACACCAAUCCCGUAUAUCGUAUACCUCACAUGGCGAUCUGCUCGGGGGCAUGGCCGUCAUGGGCGUCAGCACAAUGACCAAGGAGAGCAAGUUGCGGAAUCGCAAUACACGCAAUCAAUCAGUGGGCGCCACAAAUGGCGGCACCACCUGCCUGGACACCAAUCACAAGGUCGAGCAUCGCGAUUACGAAAUCGGCCUCGAGUGCACGGACGAAGCGGGCAAGAUCAAACAUCACGACAAUCCUUUUAUUGAGCCCGUCCAGACACAAACGGUGGUCGACAUGAAAGAUGUUAUGGUCCUGAAUGAUAUUAUUGAGCAAGCCGCUGGUCGGCAUAGUCGAGCUAGUGAUCGCGGUGUCUCCGUUUACUAUUUCCCAACAGAGGACGACGACGAGGAUGGGCCGACAUUCAAAGACAAGGCACUCGAAGUGAUACUCAAGGGCAUCGAUGUGUUUUGUGUGUGGGACUGCUGCUGGGUUUGGUUGAAAUUUCAGGAAUGGGUCUCGCUAAUCGUCUUCGAUCCCUUCGUUGAGCUCUUCAUCACGCUGUGCAUCGUUGUCAACACCAUGUUCAUGGCCAUGGAUCAUCACGACAUGAACAAGGAAAUGGAACGUGUGCUCAAGAGUGGCAACUAUUUCUUCACUGCAACGUUUGCGAUUGAGGCAACCAUGAAGCUGAUGGCCAUGAGUCCCAAAUACUAUUUCCAAGAGGGCUGGAACAUCUUCGAUUUCAUCAUUGUCGCCCUCUCACUGCUCGAGCUGGGCCUCGAGGGCGUCCAGGGUCUGUCCGUGUUGCGUUCUUUUCGUUUGCUGCGUGUAUUCAAAUUGGCCAAAUCAUGGCCAACGUUAAAUUUACUCAUAUCGAUUAUGGGUCGCACUGUCGGCGCUCUGGGCAAUCUGACCUUCGUCUUAUGCAUUAUAAUCUUCAUAUUUGCUGUAAUGGGCAUGCAGCUGUUUGGCAAAAACUACACAGAUCAUAAAGAUCGUUUUCCGGAUGGCGAUCUGCCGCGCUGGAACUUCACCGACUUCAUGCACAGCUUCAUGAUCGUGUUCCGAGUACUGUGCGGCGAAUGGAUCGAGUCCAUGUGGGAUUGCAUGUACGUGGGCGAUGUCUCCUGUAUACCAUUCUUCUUGGCCACCGUUGUCAUCGGCAAUCUUGUGGUUCUUAACCUUUUCUUAGCCUUGCUUUUGUCAAAUUUUGGCUCAUCUAGUUUAUCAGCACCGACUGCCGACAAUGAUACGAACAAAAUAGCCGAGGCCUUUAAUCGAAUUGGCCGUUUUAAAAGUUGGGUUAAGCGUAAUAUUGCUGAUUGUUUCAAGUUAAUACGUAACAAAUUGACAAAUCAAAUAAGUGAUCAACCAUCAGGUGAGAGGACCAACCAGAUCAGUUGGAUUUGGAGCGAAGAGCAUGGUGACAACGAGCUGGAGCUGGGACACGACGAGAUCCUCGCCGAUGGCCUCAUCAAGAAGGGCAUCAAGGAGCAAACACAGCUGGAGGUUGCCAUCGGUGAUGGCAUGGAGUUUACGAUACACGGCGACAUGAAAAACAACAAACCGAAGAAAUCGAAAUAUCUAAAUAAUGCAACGAUGAUUGGCAACUCAAUUAACCACCAAGACAAUAGACUGGAACACGAGCUAAACCAUAGAGGUUUGUCCUUACAGGACGACGACACUGCCAGCAUUAACUCAUAUGGUAGCCAUAAGAAUCGACCAUUCAAGGACGAGAGCCACAAGGGCAGCGCCGAAACGAUGGAAGGCGAGGAGAAGCGUGACGCCAGUAAAGAGGAUUUAGGUCUCGACGAGGAGCUCGACGAGGAGGGCGAAUGCGAGGAGGGCCCGCUCGACGGUGAUAUCAUAAUACAUGCUAACGACGAGGAUAUACUUGACGAGUAUCCAGCUGAUUGCUGCCCCGAUUCGUACUAUAAGAAAUUUCCAAUCUUAGCCGGUGACGAAGAUUCGCCGUUCUGGCAAGGAUGGGGCAAUUUACGACUGAAAACUUUUCAAUUAAUUGAAAAUAAAUAUUUUGAAACAGCUGUUAUCACUAUGAUUUUAAUGAGUAGCUUAGCUUUGGCUUUAGAAGAUGUACAUCUGCCACAAAGGCCCAUACUGCAGGAUAUUUUAUACUAUAUGGACAGAAUAUUUACGGUGAUAUUCUUCUUGGAGAUGUUAAUCAAGUGGUUGGCCCUCGGCUUCAAAGUGUACUUCACGAACGCGUGGUGCUGGCUUGAUUUCGUCAUUGUCAUGGUAUCGCUUAUCAACUUCGUUGCUUCACUUGUUGGAGCUGGUGGUAUUCAAGCCUUCAAGACUAUGCGAACGUUAAGAGCACUGAGACCACUACGUGCCAUGUCCCGUAUGCAGGGCAUGCGGGUCGUCGUUAAUGCGCUGGUACAAGCUAUACCGUCCAUCUUCAAUGUGCUAUUGGUGUGUCUAAUAUUUUGGCUAAUUUUUGCCAUAAUGGGUGUACAGCUUUUUGCUGGAAAAUAUUUUAAGUGCGAAGACACUAAUGGAACGAAGCUCAGCCAUGAGAUCAUACCAAAUCGCAAUGCAUGCGAAAGCGAAAACUACACGUGGGUGAAUUCAGCAAUGAAUUUCGAUCAUGUAGGUAACGCGUAUCUGUGCCUUUUCCAAGUGGCCACCUUCAAAGGCUGGAUACAAAUAAUGAACGAUGCAAUCGAUUCACGAGAGGUGGACAAGCAGCCGAUUCGUGAAACGAACAUCUACAUGUAUUUAUAUUUCGUGUUCUUCAUCAUAUUUGGAUCAUUUUUCACACUCAAUCUGUUCAUUGGUGUUAUCAUUGAUAAUUUUAAUGAGCAAAAGAAAAAAGCAGGUGGAUCAUUAGAAAUGUUCAUGACAGAAGAUCAGAAAAAGUACUAUAAUGCUAUGAAAAAGAUGGGCUCUAAAAAACCAUUAAAAGCCAUUCCAAGACCAAGGUGGCGUCCACAAGCAAUAGUCUUUGAAAUAGUAACCGAUAAGAAAUUCGAUAUAAUCAUUAUGUUAUUCAUUGGUCUAAACAUGUUCACCAUGACACUCGAUCGUUACGAUGCGUCAGACACGUACAACGCGGUCCUUGACUAUCUCAAUGCGAUAUUCGUAGUUAUUUUCAGUUCCGAAUGUCUAUUAAAAAUAUUCGCUUUACGAUAUCACUAUUUUAUUGAGCCAUGGAAUUUAUUUGAUGUAGUAGUUGUCAUUUUAUCCAUCUUAGGUCUCGUACUUAGCGAUAUUAUCGAAAAAUACUUCGUCUCACCGACGCUGCUCCGUGUGGUGCGCGUGGCGAAAGUGGGUCGUGUGCUGCGUCUGGUCAAAGGCGCCAAGGGCAUACGAACUCUGCUGUUCGCGCUGGCGAUGUCGCUGCCGGCAUUGUUCAACAUUUGCCUGCUGCUCUUCCUCGUGAUGUUCAUCUUUGCGAUCUUCGGCAUGUCGUUCUUCAUGCACGUGAAGGAGAAGAGCGGCAUCAACGAUGUCUACAACUUCAAGACAUUUGGCCAGAGCAUGAUUCUGCUCUUUCAGAUGUCCACCUCAGCCGGUUGGGAUGGUGUACUCGACGCCAUUAUCAAUGAGGAAGCAUGCGAUCCACCCGACAACGACAAAGGCUAUCCGGGCAAUUGUGGUUCAGCGACCGUUGGAAUAACGUUUCUCCUCUCAUAUCUAGUUAUAAGCUUUUUGAUAGUUAUUAAUAUGUACAUUGCUGUCAUUCUUGAGAACUAUAGUCAGGCCACCGAGGAUGUGCAAGAGGGUCUCACCGACGACGAUUACGAUAUGUACUAUGAGAUCUGGCAGCAAUUCGAUCCCGAGGGCACACAAUACAUACGCUACGAUCAGUUGAGCGAAUUCUUGGAUGUGCUCGAGCCCCCGCUGCAGAUCCACAAGCCCAACAAGUACAAAAUCAUAUCGAUGGACAUACCCAUCUGUCGCGGUGAUCUCAUGUACUGCGUCGACAUACUCGACGCACUCACCAAAGACUUUUUCGCGCGCAAAGGCAAUCCCAUCGAGGAGACGGGCGAGAUCGGUGAAAUUGCCGCCCGACCCGACACCGAGGGCUACGAGCCCGUAUCCUCGACCCUCUGGCGCCAGCGAGAGGAGUACUGUGCCCGUCUCAUCCAGCAUGCGUGGCGCAAGCACAAGACGCGAGCCGAAGGCGGCGGCGGUGGCGACGAUGCUGACCCCGAUGGCGAUGCACCUGAUGGUGAAGGAGGUGGAGGAGAAGAUGGCGCAGGAGGGGAUGCCACCAUCAAUGGUGAUGGUGAUCCUGGUGAUGGUGCUGCUGCUGCCAAUGGUAACGGCGGUGGCGGUGGCGAAGGUGAUGAGAAUGCCGCCCACGAUGGGGGCGGAGGUGUUUACAAUGAUGACCCAGAUGCCGCUGGCGAUGCGGCAGCAGCAGCAAACGAUGCCGCCGCUGGCGAUGAGCCCCAGAAGAGCAAUGUAAAUAGUCCAACGGAAGGUGGCGGCGGCAGUGGCGGCGGUGGCGGCAGUCCCGGUGGCCAGAGCGCCGGCAGUGGCGGCAGCGCCGGUCGCCAGACGGCCGUUCUCGUCGAGAGCGAUGGUUUUGUGACAAAAAACGGCCACAAGGUUGUAAUACACUCGCGAUCGCCGAGCAUAACAUCGCGCACGGCAGAUGUCUGAGCCAGGCCUCGCCCCCCCCUCCAAGACGCACGCGAGUAUUAGGAGCAGCAUCAGCGGACAACAGCAACAUCAACAGCAGCAGCAACAACAACAGCAGCAACAGCAACUGAUGUCGGCUGACAGCGGCUACAAAGAAAACAGCGAACAACAACAGCAGCAUAACAAACAACAGUGAGCAACAGGUACAGCGAACAACAACAGCAAACAACAAGCAUAAUUUUCUGCUAUAGAUAACAAAAUACAAAAACAAACAAAUAUAACAAGCAACAACAACAACAAACAACAGGCAGCAACUCAACACCAACAACAACAAAAAAUAGGACAACGACGAAGGACGAUUGACGACAGCAGCAAGUGUCUACAUUUAAGUUAAUUCAGUUCUCAAAGUAAGCACAACAAACAACAACAACAAACACCAACUACAACAAACUACAAACAACAAUCAUAAUUAAGCAAAUAAGAAAAAUGAAACCCAAAAAAAAAAGAAACACAAAGUAAUUAAAUUUGUAAGCAGGCUCGUAGUUAUACCGAAAACAAACAAACAAACAAACACCAAUCGAAUCAAAUCAAUUGAAUUGAAUCCAAAUACCUUAACCGUUAACCUUAGUAAAAAACAAUUCACAAUUGGCCUAUUUAACUAAUUAUAUACUAAUAGAUGCAAUCCAAUGAAUUCUCAUCAUCGUAACUUAAGCGACAUAAUAUAACAGAUAACACACACUUCACACACACAGCCGCAAAAAUAUGAACAAGUAUUCAAUUUGAAUUCUCUUUAAGAAGCUACAACUUUAUAGUUUUCUUUUUUAUUGCUAACAAUCCAUAACAAAAGAAAAGUGCGAAUAUAACUACAGAAGAAGUGAGCAAAGCAAGAGCAAAAGAGCAACGGCAUAGCAUAUUCCAAACCCAUAAAAACAUAAACAUAAUUAAACUAAAAUUAAUAAUCGAUUACUCAAAAUAAUGAAGAAAUGAAGUCAAACACCAAUUUGCAUGGAUUACGUAAAUAGUAUUUUGUACAUUGACAUUUUACACACAUUUGAACAUUCAAAAUGAUGUUGAUUACCAACCGUGUCUGAAGAACUGCCAUAAAAAGCAAUACGAAAAAUAAAAUACUAAUGAGAAAUAUCACAAUAUAGCGAAAAACAUUCGAGAACAUUUCACGCACAAAACAAAAUGAAAACAUAACAGACACUAACUACUUAGCGAGUGUUUGUCAACUCAACAAGAACAACAACAACAACCACGACUCCAACUGCAACUACAACAAGAAAUAACAUAAUAUCGAAAUAUAUAGUAUACCUUAUAGAGUUUUCAUUUGCAGCUAAAUUUCAAAUCGAUUCCCAAUUUCGAUUUCGGCGUGCCUAUCGAGUCAUUAAACAUUAAAGCAAUAUGUUGAAGCGAAUUUAUUCCUUUUUUUUAUUUUUUAUUUGUCUGGAUCAAUCGAAACACUGAGACACCCACACAUGUUAGGUUAUGAUACGUUUAUGCGAUGACGUCACAAACGUAAGUUGAAGAGAGAUUUCUUGGAAUGAAGCGGCGGCAAUUAGCAAUAAGUCAAAAGCAUACAUAACCAAACCACAUUUCGAGACACAUGCACCAACUAUACAACAACAAACAAGAAAACAAAGCAAAACAAAAACAACAAAUCCAUAAUAACAAUCAACAGUGCUGACAAACUGUACCGCACUCACAAUCCUCACACUCACACACACAUACCCACAAUCGAAAAAUACACACACACACACUCUGAGAGAAACAUUUACAUUGGAGCUGGGGCGCAUGAGCUAAAUAUGAAACGGAACUAAACAGAACAACAACAAAAACAACAGGAAAAUCUUAAAAUAACAAAAAAGUAUAUACUUUAUAUCAAAAUGAUACUGAAACGAAAACCGAAAUGAACAAUGACAUUCAAUUAACUAAAAUAAAAUAGGUAGAGCGAGAGAGAGCGAUAGAAAACUCAACGAAGAAACGAAGAAAACUGUGCAAAAUAUCACAUGAGUGAAGUGAGGUCAUUUAAGACCACCAACAACAAAAAGCAAAAGCAAAUGCAAAGGCAAAUGCAGAAACAAAAGCAAAUACAAUACUGACAAUGUAAGAUGCAAAGCAGAGCAACAAAGGUGCUGAGUUAAAUGUAAACAAUAAAUGAAUGAACAAAUGCAAAACACAAAAACUUAAAUUUGCUUUCAAAGAAAGCGUGUGAGAGAAGCAAAAACAAAAAAAUUAAAAGAAACAAAAAAAAACUUACCAAAAACCUAAAACAAAAAGAAAAACAAUGGAGCACAAAGAGUGUACAAUCGAGAGUUUUAUUUGAUGAACGUGUUCUCUUUUUUAACAACUCAUUCGUCUUUUUCUCAAUCCUUAACUAGCAAACAAGCAAACAAAAUAAACACAAAAAGCUACAACCCAAAACCGAAAAUAUGUAAAGUGCAGUGAAAAGUCAACAAAAUGCAAGCGAAACUUAAGCGAAAAUAAAAACCUAAUAAUUGACGAACAAAACUUAAAAUUUUAAAAUAUAUACAUACAUAUAUAUGCGUACAUGUAUAAGUAUAAAUAGUAUUCAAUUAAAUCAAAAAACCAAAAAAAAAAAAAAAAAAAAAAAAAAAAAAAAAAAAAUGCGAAGAAAAAGAAGAUUUUUUGCUUGAUUGCUUUGUGUAUCGAACAAAAACAAAACUGCUUUUGCAUCGUAUCGCAUUCGCCGCCUUAUGUUACGUUUCAUUUCGCUUCGUUUCGUUUCGCUUGAAUUUUGCCUCGUUUGAUUUCGCUGCGUUUCGCUUCGCUUUGACUUAGUGUGUAACAUUUUGCUUCCAAAAACUAGCGAAACAUUUUGUGUUAAUUGAUUUUGUAUUAGAUCUUUUUGGUUGUUCUAUUAAUUUGAGAUGCGAUUCCAAGAGGUAAAAAGCAACUAACAAUGGAUGAGUUAACGAGAUGCGAAACUGCAGUUAAUUAUCCAAUAAAAUACAUUUGUAAAAUACAAUAUGAGGUUCCAUUGCGCACUAAACACAUAACUAAGCACAACUCACCUCCACACACUCACUAACACACACACUCACUAACACACACACUCACACUAUACACUCACAUGCUUUGCUAUUGCCAACUGAAAUGAAAUGGAAGGGAAACAAAUGAAGGAAGCGCCUCUUUAAGUUCUAUCAAAAAAUAGUAGAAACACACACACACAUACACAAAACAUUUGAAACAUACUCGACUUACCUUAUAAAUAGUACAAACCCUAGCGUCAGCUCACUUGCUCUCUCUCUCUCUCUCUGUCUCUCUCCGUCUAUCUCUCAGUCUGUCGCUCUGUCUCUCUUCUGUAUUUCGAGAACAAACGGAAGAAUCACUCACUCACACACACACACACACGUGCUUUGAACACACUGCCUUCUUCUUCUUCCAAACUGACUUGAACGUGUCUGUAAAAUUGAUCCUAAACUCACACACACACACUACUACACGCAUAGAGAUCAACGAAAUUAUGUAAAAUGAAAUUGAGAGAACGUAGCAAAAACAUUUUAAAUCCACACCCAAGGCAAAGACAAACGUUAAGCUUCAAUAGAUUAAUUCAAUUCAAUUGUACGUCAAUUAUUUUCUUUUCUCUCGAAUCGAUCGAAAGACUCUAAUUUGCAAGCCGUAUAAAUGUAUUAUUUCGAUCACAAGCGUAUAACAGUAUUCCAGUAUUUCAGUUUGAGUUUCCAUUUUAGAAUUUGAGCUUCAACUUCCGCAAUCUUUUCCGUUCAUUUUUCGAUUGCAACCUAACCUUAAAAAGCACCGAGUUAAUAUGCAUACAUACAUACAUAUUAUGUAUUGUAUGUGGUAGUAUUUACAUACAUAUAUUAUACAUUAUGGGGACCAGUUUGAGCGUUGCCUUUGUAAUUGAACACGAACAAGUCGAAGUCGAACAACAAGCAAAAACCAACCAAAAACCAAAAAAACAACAAAUCAAAAAUCAAAAUCCUUGUUUUUACAUACAUAUUUGUGUACAUAAUAUGUACAUAUAUGCUUUUUGUUUACUCCCCCGAAGUUUUAAAGGCAAUCUUUUCAUACAUUCAUACUCGUAUAAAGAGCAUCCAUAUCCCAUCAUGAGGCGUGUUCACGCGAUGCACAGACUGUUUGCUCGUCUCUAUGGAGCAGUGCAACACAGUGCGUAUGCGUGAUAUAGCCUGAACAGUUCCUUCGCUUAUUGAAAUUGAAAUUUGAUCAUUUUUGGUAUCUAUAUAUGUAUAUGUGUAUUCUUAGCGCCUCUUUUGAUUUUGACGCUUUUGACGCAUACUUCUACGUUUCCAGCGAAAAAGGCUCAUUUACCGGUUACUUAACUUAACCCAAUAAUUUCUCCCCCCACUUCACGAAAAAGGAAAAAAAAGAAUGAAGAACGUAAAUAAUACAACAACGCUUGCCAAUUGCCAAUUGUGUUUAACGACUUGAAUAUAGCUUCAUUAUUAUACAUUUUGUUGGCUGUUUGAAAAAUAAUAUGAAUCCACGAAACGAACUAUGAUAUAAUAACAAACAAAUUGAACACAUUGCUAAACAAUUAACCAACAAAAAAACAAUUAACAAAUAUGCUAAAAAAAAAGAAAACUAAUAACAGAAAAUUAAGUUUGAAAUUCCGUACAAAAUGCAUAAGUUAUAACAAAAAAAAAACAUAUAUAUAUCUACUGAGUGCACUGUUAUAAAUGAGGGGCGGGGCGAGAUUAAAUAAAACAAACAAAAAAAAAACAACAAACAAAACAAAAACGAAUACUACAAGUAAAUAUUAUAAAAAAAAGAAAACGAAAAACAAAAUACAUUACAAAAUGACGUUAUAAAAAAAAAAAACGAGCGUACACAAAUUAAGCUUAUGCGAUUCAAGAACUACAAAUGCGACAAAAACGAAAAAAAGAAAACCAAGAACAAGAAGAAAAAGCUAAGAACACUUAUAAAAAGAAUUGUAAAAUUACAAUAAUAAUAAAUUCGAAUUAAUAAUACAAUAAUAAUCAUAAAUAACAAAGUUUAGUAUUAAACGAAUAUGACAUAAAUUAUUAAAUGAUUAUCAAAGUAAAACGUGAAAAGGAAAACAAAAAUUACAACAAAUGGAGAACUAAGUAUUUCAUAUUUUAGCAUAAAUAUUUUUUGUGCCGAGGUUACGUUCGAAGCAACACGCGCAUCAUUGCCAUUAGACGAGAAUAAAUUAAAUAAAUCAAUAAAUAUAUAUAUAUAUAUAUAUAUAGAUAUAUAAUAUAUAUAUACAUAUAUAUACGGACAUAUAUAUAUAUGUGUAUAUAUAUAUACAUGUAUUGUAUAUAUAUACAAUAUGAACAUGCCUAAAACUGAAUAUGAAGUAUAACUAUUUAUAAUAAAAUACUUAUUGCAUAUUUUGUGCUGCUGAAUGAGGUCACAACGCAACAACAAAACAAAACCAAAAAACCCAAAAAAAAAAAAAAACAAACAAAAAAACAAUAAUGCAAAAUAAAUUUAUUACAAAUCUAGAGCAAUAAAAUCCAUCUGCAUAAACUUAGAAACUUACAUAGUUAUUUGUAAGCGUAGUGUGACCAAUAUUUACCGCCUGCACUGUGUCACUGCACUGUGCCCAUUUGCGCACAGGCGGCAGAAGAGAGACAACAACAACACACACUCUGACACAAGCUCACUGGUACAACACUUCAACAGUCACACUGCAAACAGACACAGAUCAGUGUACACAGUGCCGGCGCAAAAUAUGUGAACAGGCGCGACAAAAUUAAAGCAACAAAAAAAACUUAAAAAAAAACAACAAAAAUGGAAAAAAAAAUAAUUAAUAAAACCAAAACGACAUAAAAGAAAACAAACAAAAAAAAACAAACAUUUUUUUUAGGUACACUUAAAUCAAAGCGUGGAAUAUUAUAUUAGUUAAUUAAAAUAAAUGCUUUUUUGUUAAAUCACUAUAGAAAAAUGAACAAAAAAAAAAAAAACAAAAAAAAAAAAAUACAGAUAAUGAAAUGAACAACAACUUUAGCUUUAUACUCGUACAUUUACAUUUGUAAUAUAUUACAUAAGUCUAGUUAAUUACAUAAACAAAAAAAAACAAAUCUAAGAAUGAAAAUCAAACGAAGCAUAGCAAAUUAAUUCAAAGAAAAUAUAUGAAAAAUUAUAUAAAAAAACGAACUGUAAAGAGAAAAAAAAAACAAAAAACAUUUAAAUGUAAUGCAGCCAGUUAUUAUGCAUAGCUAUAAAUAAUAAUACAGCAAAAGAAAAAAAAAACAGAUUAAUAAUGAAAACAUUUGCAAUUAGAUAUUCUAUAUAUAAAAAUUUUACAUUUCGACAUAUUUAUAUAUAUUUUUUUGGAAUUUUCGUUACCUUUGUGGUGUGAUUUAGUUACGAAUAUAUACUUAUGUUGCUCACACACACACACACACUCACAUACACGCAUACAUACGUACAUACAUACAUAUACACAGCGAUGCCCAUGCCAAGCAGCUGAGAAAUAAUUACCUAAUUAAUUGAAGCAAGUCAAGCCUAGAGAGCAAGCUAAAAACCAACAACAACAACAACAACUACAAGAACUACACAACAACAACAACAACAACAAUUAUGAAAGUUGCCAUCCAGCGAAAUAUUUGCAAUUUACAUUCCAUGUGUAUUGAGCGCAUUGAGAAGCAUUCCAAUUCAAAGAAACAAACAAAAAUGCGAUAAACGAUUAAAUUAAUUGACGAAAACAGAACAACAGAGAAAAACAAAAUAAAACCAAAAAACAGACUGAAAAAAAUGAAUAAAAUAAAAAUGUAAUAAAAAAAACUGCAAGAUGUCAAGAGAAAUGCGACAAGCUGCUUUUAAAGAUACAGAUACAGAUACACACACUCACACACACACACACACAUACACCUAAAUCCAAACACUCACAGACACACGCACACAUACGCAGUUUAUUAGCAGCAGCAACGGACAGUUUAAUAAACCUAAAACUAACAUGAAAUAUAAAUAGCGCCACAAGAAAAUGCUUGUAAAAAUUCAAAUAAUAUCAGAUGAGAAUAUAUAUACAUAAAUAUAUAUAUGAUAUGAUAUGAUACGAUAAACAAACGACAAACAAUAAGAAAAAUGUAUUUAUAUUUAUACAUUAUACACAACAAAAACAAGCAAGCAAUGAAUAAUUUAAAUAUAUACAUAUGAAAUUCUUUUCUAAACACUGACAAAAAACUGAUGAAAAAAUCGACAAAAAAAAAAUGCAAAAAAAAAAAAAAAAGAAAUAAAUGAAGAUGAGAGUCACAGGCACCGUUAGCAUAUUUUUUUUAUAUACAAAAUACAAUUUAAGCAAAGAAAAAAAAAAAACAAAAAAGAAAAAAAACCAAAAAAAAUAAAAGAAAAAGAAGUACAUGAGGUAAAAAUAAAUUAGUGAGAAACAACUGAUGUCUUUGUAAAGACUUUAUAUAUGCCUGCCAUAUGCCUACAUAUGCCUACAUCUGCCUAGCUGUCUGACUACUCUAUUGAACACCAAAUUUAUUUCUCUCGCUUGAGCACUGAACACUCACCCCC